AUAAUUCCAAGACUAGUUUAUGAAAAUGUAUACAGAUGAGCCAUAUUUACAAGUGAAUACAGUGAGACCUGUCAUUAAAUAAAAAGAGUGUGUGUCUUAACAUAAGUACAAGACUAAAAAGGGCAGCCCGGUGCACCAAGGCAUCCUCACAAGGCAAGGGUCCGGGUAAGGGUCCCACCACAAGGGUGUAUAAGGGACAAACCUUCCCCUGUGAGUUUUUUUACAAGAGGUCGCUCCAAGACUUGAACCCGUGACCUCUCUGUCACACAUCAACACCUUAACCCAGUGCGCAUAGGCUCCCCCUCACUAUAAUUACAAGACUAGUUAAGUUUUUUUUUUUACAAGACUAGUUAAGUAAAAUAAGAUAUAAUUAAUUACAACUGGACUCUUCUUCACUGGCCAAUAUAAAGUGUAUACACGUUCUUCGUCUCUAUAUAGUCUUCGUUGGUAUGUGUGGAGCCAUGGAUGCGAUUUCAAUGGCUGUCUCUUUGAAGCAAUUCUGUAGUUUGUUUGAAUUGCGUACAAUCUUGUGGGCUUUUUCUGGGGAAAGGGAAAAAAUCCUUCUGGUGAAAAUUAAAUAUGCAAACAUCAAAAGCAAGAACUACUGUGGAUGUGCCACAAAGGUCAUCUCCUACUACACCAAAGACGAGUCGGAAGGUGAGAACCAUCAAUGCAGAUUCUGAAUCUGUUUCAUCGCCUAAUCAAUCAAGCCGGACACCAAAGGAAAGAAGCCCAAGAGUCGUUGAUCGGCGGUCCCCACGAAGUCCCGCUAUUGAGAAGAAAAUCUGUUUGCGAUGAAGAACAAAGAUUGACACAUGUAAUACUAUCGUAUACAAGAUGAAACUUAUGAGUUCAGCGAGAGGAGCCAAUGAAGAUAAGGUGUCUAAUGAGUUUUUUUAAUACGACUCUAUUGAAACAUAUGGAAUUCGUGAGCGUUUGUGAUUCUUGAAGGGAAACGGUGGAUGAUUCCUGAAUUCCCUUUUAGUUCUUAGAAUUACUGUUCAACUUAUCUAGAUUCGGUCAUGGAACGAUUGAGUAUUUGAAUUCAACUGGCCAAAUAGCUUGACGAUCGUCUCUUGCUUCUCUCUAGGGCUUCGGCCGCUUGGAGUUUUUUUCCGUCUUCGAUUUUAAUCGAAGGACGGCCGCUUUUUCCGUCUUCGAUUUUAAUCGAAGGACGACCGCUAUUUCCGUCUUCGAUUUUAAUCGAAGGACGGCUGCUGUUGUUUGUGCUUCAUACUCGAAGGGCGGAUUUGCUGCUAUGGCUCGAGGAGAUCGGCGUUGUGGUCAAGGUUCGAGGAUGAUGUAUUGCUGUCGUCGUUGGAGAAGAUCGGCGCUGCCUAUCCGUUUACUCUGGUUGCAUGAAGCAGGGAUGAGUUUGGUUAUGCAGGGACGGAGGAUUAAUGCAUGGCCUUUGUCAGACAAAGGUCACAGAGUAUCAAUUAGCAUGGUACCGGUGGUAAGACCUCCUCCUGAACCACCACCAUGGGAUGUACGAGGUGCUAGAGUUCGUGAACGCUUUUCUUGUAGUUUUUAUCUGUUUGUUAUUUGUUUUCUUGUGUCCACUUUUGUUGUUGGUUUUGACAGUUUGUUUGAGUUUUUUGCCUCUCUUUAUUUCAUUGGGUAUGGUUGGAUCUAUGGAAAUAGGUUUGGCUGUGUCAAGCCCACUACAUGGUUAGCGAUUCGUGUUGCUCUCUCAGGGGUGACCGUGUCAAAGUCUCAACAUAGGGUUACAGUCGUAGUUGUUGAAGUUUCAGUUGGUGUCAGUUUUAUUUUCCUUUUGCUUGAUGUAAUGAUCCUGAAUCUUUUGAUAUGAAUAGAUGCCCGUUUAAUGAUAAAAAAAAAUACGACUCUAUUGGUGUCUGGCAUCCAGUCUAAUUAGAGAGGAUAACCUCU